AUGCCUGGAAUGCGUCUGGAUUUUCUCAAGAACCCUGCGCAGCGCGUCGCAACGGGGAAGUCGCUGCCACUAAAACAGGUGGAGGCGAUUGUGCUGUACGGCAAGCCGGCGCAGCGAGCCAAGGUGGUACAGAAGCUCCUUCCAGCCGUCUACGGACUCUCGCUCAACAAGACGACGCACCACAUUCUCCUGACGUUGCUGGACCACUGCGACAACAUGGAUCGCGUAAAGAUGCUCUACCACGUACGUAGGAAACUGCUAGACCUGGCACAGUCGCCGGUCGGCAACUCCGUGCUGCAGCGCAUGCUAGAAAAGAUGCCAGUACGCCAGAAGAAGGACAUUGCUGAGGCGUUCGUGCUGAACGUGGACGAGGACGAGUUUAAGCGUCUCUGCGAGCAUCCUUUUGGCAAUCACGUUGCGCAGAAGCUGAUGGAGGUGCCGGAGUGCGUCGAAGUGGUGCUGCCGCACUUUCUGCCACAUCUGAAGAGCCUCAGUUUUCAUAUGUAUGGGAUGCGGGUAGUGUCCAAGUACGUCGAGUCUGUCGCUGAUGGCUGCAGCAGAACCGUUGAGGCGCUGUUUCCGUCGUACGCGGAGGCGGAUCCGGAAGGCGACGAAGCUGCGAUUGCCGCCUCCGACACGCUAGACAAGGCCGUACAAUCGCUCUUCCGCUUCUCUGAGGAGUCGCUCGUGCUCACGGCGCUGCUGCGUCAUAUUCGCACCCCGGUCGAGGUGAAGGACGCCAUGGCAGCGCAUCUCAGCGAGUACGCGGCGGACUACCUGCUGCCCCCCACGCCAGUGCAGGAAGGCGCAACGAAGAAGGGCGGUGACGAUGAGGAGGAUUAUGGUUUGCCUGACUUUGGCCUUCUCGGGAGCUCUGCGAAGCUUGCAGGGGCCACUAACACACCCACCAACGUUCAUGUCUACUGCGCAAUUCUUGAGCACGGUGACGAUGUGCAACGCGCCGACGUGUGGGCUGCACUAUCUACCAAUGCCGAUAUUCUGCACGCCAUCACGCACACAAAAGGGGCGGUGCUUGUUGGCGUGGCAGCCGUGCGCUUUGUGGAGGCAGCGCGCAAGACGCUCUUGGAUGCCUUGCUGGUGUCAGCGACUGCCACUUCUCCUUCAAAUGGCAACGACACGGGCUCGAGUACCGCUAGCGCUGUCCACACCGCCUCUUCUUCGAAACCCCCCAGAAAGGCCUCUAAAAGGACGACGACAACCAGGAGCGACGAGGCGGCGUCCUCUAGUCACGGCGAUACUGCCAAGAGCUCCAUUGUGGACGUGGCCACUGACCCGGUGCGCUCGGUGCUGCUGCGCACCUUCGUCGAGGUCGCACGCGAUACCGUGACCGAGAAACACACUCAGCUCCUCGUAGACCAGGCUGUUACACUCGCGCAGAACUCCGUCAGCUCCCCAGUGCUGCAGAAACUGGUGGAAACGGACCUCACCGGCGGGUUUGCGAGCGCCCUUCUGGCAGUGCUUCUCAAGUCUGUCGAAUUCACGAACCUCGUCACACACCCCGCGGCGUCCUUUCUCUUGCAGUCGAUCCUUCAGUUUUCCCCAGAGGGGGUGCGCGCACCGCUAGUGGCGGCCCUCUCGAACUACUACGCGGGACACCUGCAUGAGGCUCUCUCUCACGCGCAGGGCUCGCGUGUCAUGCAGAAACUGCUCGCCUAUGCUCCUGACGUGACAGUGAUGCAGACCGUGCACCAGCUCAUCUCCGACGCAGCGAAGGAGGAGGAGGUGGUGGUGCAGACAAAAUGCACCAACGGCAGCAAUACUGACGCGGUGGAGGCGGCCGAGGCGACAAAGGUGAGCCGCAAAGAACAGCGGGUGAUGAACCGGUCCAAGCACUACGAGGUUCUCUCUCAUGCCCUUCUCUCCUACGCUUUGCACACGCAUGCGUGUUACGUCAUACGGGCACUUCUGCGAGAGGUGCGUACACGCCAACUCGACCGCGAGCGCAAGCUUCUCAUGAACGAGCUGAAGCCUCACGUCUUCGAGCUGGCCGUCUCACCGUGGGCCGGCCGCGUGGUCCUAGACGCUAUGAUGACUGUUGGCAGUGCGCAGCUCGCGGAUGCCAUGAAGAACGUCGCUUUCCUGCGUGCCGAGGAAUGGCUAUCAGAUGUAUCGGAGAAGAAGCGCCACAGCAACAGUGUUGAUCCGACACUGCGCAACAUCCUGAAGCGACAGCGCGAGGAGAUUGACAAGGGUGUGGAGUCGAAGAGCACUGUGACGCAGUCGAGCGGCGCCGAGGGGAAGGGCGCACCUGCGCACAAGAAGAAGAGGCUCUUCCGCUCCGUGAAGAAGUAG